GUAGCAGGCAAGCUGGCCUCUCUGGAGGAGUUCCGCGUCCAGAAGGAGGAGCUCCUGGAGAAGUUUGCGGCGCUGGAGGCGGAGCUGCAGCGCUGCGAGGAUGAGCACAAAGAGGAGAUUUACUCGCUGGAGCGCCACUCCGUCAUCCAGCGGGACAGGCUCAAGAAGGAGAUGGUGUCGCGCGUCAACUGCGUGGCCUCCGAGUUCCGCCGCGCUUCCACGCGCCAGAUGGCGGAGACGACGCGCCGGGCGCUGCGCGACACCGUCAGCUGCGCGGCGCAGCUACGGCGAGCCGCCAGCAGCGCCGCGCACGAGGAGGUGGCGGGCCGGGAGGCUCGCGAGCGUGGGGACAGCCUCGCCCGGCGCCUGCAGCUCUCGCUCGACGAGCAGGAGGAGCUGGCGCGAGCUAGCGCCGGCAAACGCAAGGUGAUUGAGAUGCUGACUCAGCGCUGCCACCAGCUGCAGGAGCAGCUGCAGCUUCAAGAGGAGCAACUGCAGCAGCAGCAAGAGCUGCAGGCGGCGCUUGCUGUCGCCAGGGAACAGGAGCUCGCAAACAGGCAGCAGCUGGGUGUUGCGAGCGAGGAGCUGCAGCGCUGGGAGUCGCGGGCGGGCGCCCUGCAGGAGGAGGCGGCGAGCGAGCGAGCGGCACGGCGCCAGCUGGAGGAGACGCUGCGGCACGCAGCACACGUCAUCCGGCAUGCACUCACGGAGGUGCGGGAGCCUGGGGGGGAGAAGUCAGAAUGGCUCCAGCAGCAGCAGGAGCAGCAGCAGCAGGAGCAGCAGCAGGAGCAGCAGCAGCAGCAGGAGCAGCAGGAGCAGCAGCAGGAGCAGCAGCAGCAGGAGCAGCAGCAGCAGGAGCAGCAGCAGCAGCAGCAGGAGGCCUCUCUCCUGCGAGGCCACCUCCUCGGCCAGCUGCUCUCUCUGCUCGACUCGGCGGCCCGGCGGGGCCUGGGGCCCACUCCCGGGGAGCUGGGGCCCUCGCCGCGACCGCCCUCGCCGCCCCCGCCGCCGCCGGGGCCCGCGGGGGCCCCUCGCCGCCCGGCCCCCUCCGCUCGCUACCGCAACGGAGACCUGGGCCUGGUGCCGAGGGAGGCGGCGGAUCGGGGGGCCGGGCUUCCCCGGGGGGGGCGGCCGGGCCACGUCGCCACGGAGACGGCGGCGGGGCUGUCCCGCGGCGCGCGCGCUCACGUCAACGCCUGCACGCACGGACGCACGCAGGCCGUGCUCCACGGCAACGCCGCGUGAAGGCGCCCAACCCCCAACCCAGCCACAGCCACAGCUCAAGCCGGGCCGACAUGGACACAGAGGGGGUAGGAGGGGGUAGGAGGAGAGGGGUCACUCAGGGAGAGCACACACAGGGAUCAAGGUCACUCAGAGAGGUGAAAGUUCACUCACAGGGGCCUCGCUGGGAUGCGCGGGAGGAGUCGUCGUGGUGGUCGUCAAUGCUGUGUCUGGGUGCGGGGUCGCGGCGGGGUCGCGGCGGGGUCGCGGCGGGGUCAAGUGACGCGUGCGAGGGCUGGGAAAUUCUCUCCGGCUUUAUUGUCCCCCCGAGGUGCACGACGCUCCCGUCAUCCGUCCCGUUUCAGCAAAAAAUAAAAGCAGACGCUUUAAUAAAUGACCCGA